CUCUGCCGCUACCAGCCAGCAGCCUGCUUCCGAAAGGAAAUCCUGCUUCUUCUUCUUUUUUGGAACCAAAAACUAAUCCUGCUUCUGUUUCCCUAUCGGAGAAGGAGCCAACUCAGCCAAGGCAAACCUUCAUCAAUUCCCCACUCCCACCAUGACCACGCGCACGACACACACCCGACCGCCGUGGAGGCUUCGGCAUGGACGGUUUGCGCGAUAACUCACGGCCGCCCUUUCACGGCAUCGACAGCCCCUCGCCGUCCGAAUUCCGCGUGAGUUCCAACCGGCGACGGCGCCGCUCCGCGUCUCCACGCCCUUGGCCGCAACGCUCCGCUGACACUUCGCAUGCACCGUACCGGCGGCCGAGCCCGUCACCGCGCAGAGAGCGGCACCGCGAGCACCACCACCGGCGUGAGCGCAGCCGCAGCCCUCGCCUCGAGUCGGCACGCAAAGCUGUUUCGCCAUCUGCCAAGUGGUCUCGGUUCGAAGCCGGCUCUUCGUCUUCGAGCGUGCUGGCUCCGCCUCUGAUGGAUGAUGGCAGCACGACCCCUGACUGCCCUGACAGUCCCAUAUACUGUUACGAGGAUGAUCAGAGGAUAAGAUUUCGGCAAUACGGCGUCUCUGAUGGUUCAGGGAUCACUGACAGGGAACCAGACGGCAAACAGGAAGAUCAUUCAUAUAAUGCCCUGGUAGAUGACUUUAUGGGUGCUGUGGUGGAGAACUGGGGUGAGCCAGCCAACUUCGAUCAAGCCGCGCGUGAAGAGCGUUACCAAAAGCAGACGAAGAGAUUUGCUGAGUUAGCUCUGAAAUGUUACAACAAAAACAAAAACAAUAAGGUAACUAUAUAUAUUUAAGGUUCUUUGCUGCAAGAGUCUGAUUUGUUCAAUUAAGGCUACUACAGAACUUGUUGAUGUGUAACUCCGAUAAAACCUUAUCUGCCACUCAAGUAACUUUAAUAGAACCAUGUUACUAUGUGCUGCACACAGGCCACAAGAAGAAAAGGUUCCUUUUAGGAUAUCACAGUGAAAUAAGACGGCAGAAUUGUAUUACUAAAGCAACAAGUGUAAUGUUGCAACUAAAAUCCAUAUUCUGAAAAAACAUUUCCCCCAUGUCUAAGCUGACAAAUUUGAUACUGAACCUAAUAACACAAUAAUAGAACAUAAGCUGAGUAAUAGAAGCCAAAGAUAACUUAGCACAUAAGCUGACUUACUGGACAAUUGUACCUUUGGUGGAGUCAAUGUUCCCCUACACAGCAAUGGGAGAACCAAAUAUGAAAGAUUGAGAAAUUAUUAUUAUUAUUACUACUACUACUAUUACUACUACUACUACUACUACGAUGGCGGCGAGGUGUAGCAGAUCUAAUCCAGCUCCAGCGGUGGAGGGGGAAGCGGUGGAGCCAACCGAAGAGCCAUCGAGCGAAUCUGGGCGAUGAUGAUGGUGAUGGCGUCUCUCUCCUGGGGGCGGCUAAGCGGCCGCCAUAGCUGCAAGUAACCAAACCAUUUGAACAAAGCGCCAGUAGCACGUCGAAGAGGAAUCCGCUGAAUCACAAGCUUAUUCCUAACAGUC